UUCUCCGCUUCUCCUGUUGUGUCACUUUUUCGAUAAACCCCAAAUGAAGGCAGAAUCUCGAGGAGCAAGAGCUUAAAACCCUAAAUUCGAUUAAAUAGUUGGAGAAACGAAGCGUGUAUUAAUUGUUGGAGAACAACCUAAAGUUAGCUAAUUUCUAGCUGCUAAGAGAAACCAGGUGAGAGAAUCUACUAGUAUGUCGAGCAAAACCAUGGAUGUGCUAGAAGGUCUGGUUAAAGAUAGUUCGUUAAAAUGGUUGCUUGGGAAGCAAACUUCUUUCGAUGAAGAGAUCGAUGAGAUGGAGAAUUCUACUUCUGCUGGAGCGAAUUGGAUACCUGAGCUUUCUCCAGUGGCAAAUGUGGUUAUCCGCAGAUGUUCAAAAAUACUUGGUGUUUCAGUAAGCGAGCUACAAGUUAGUUUCAAACAAGAGGCUUCUGAAUCUGUAAAGCAGCCUUCAAUGUUUGCAAGGAACUUUCUAGAGUACUGCUGUUUCAGGGCACUUGCACUCUCUGUGGGAGUAACAGGUCAUCUAAGCGAUAAAACGUUUCGGCGUUUAACAUUUGACAUGAUGGUUGCUUGGGAGGUCCCUUCUGCUGCUAGCCAAACUUUACUCAGUGUUGAUGAAGAUCCAACCGUCGGUUUAGAAGCCUUCUCUCGGAUUGCUCCAGCGGUUCCGAUAAUAGCUGAUGUGAUCAUAUGUGAAAAUUUGUUCGGGAUGCUGACUUCUUCAUCAAACGGUGUUCGGCUUCAUUUCUAUGUUUAUGACAAGUAUUUGUAUGGACUUGAAAGAGCAAUAAAGAAGAUGAAGAGCCAGUCCGAGUCAUCUCUGCUCUCUGGUGUUCGAUCAAAAGGAGAAAAGAUUCUUGAGAUCGACGGGACUGUUACUACACAACCAGUUCUUGAACAUAUUGGAAUAUCUACAUGGCCAGGCCGCUUGAUUCUGACUGAUCGUUCUCUCUAUUUUGAGGCUAUAAAGGUUGUGUCUUUCGACACACCAAAGCGCUAUAGCCUAUCUGAAGAUCUGAAACAAGUCAUUAAACCCGAGUUAACCGGUCCUUGGGGCACUCGGCUUUUCGAUAAGGCUGUCUCUUACAAAUCUAUUUCCCUACCAGAACCAGUAGUAAUUGAGUUCCCUGAACUCAAAGGCCACACACGACGAGAUUACUGGCUCGCGAUUAUCCGAGAAGUGUUAUACCUUCACAAAUACAUAAAUAAGUUCAAGAUCAUCAUCGGCGUGGCGAAAGAUGAAGCUAUCUCAAAAGCUGUACUUGGCAUUUUACGUGUGCAAGCCAUUCAAGAACUUGGUUUAACAAACCCUGUGCGUUACGAGAAUCUUCUCCCGUUCAAUCUCUGUGAUCAGCUUCCUGGUGGGGAUCAUAUUCUUGAGACGCUUGCAGAGAUGUCGAGUUCGAGAGUGCUUGACCGAACAAACAAAGCCAAAGAAGGGUCUUUGUACUCGAUCUCGGCCUCAGAUAUGGUUUCCCAAUUGGGUUUAAUGUUUGGAUCAAGUCCAAGGGGUAGUAGUAGUAGUAGUCUUGUGGUAGGUGAAGUAGUGGUUGGAGAUGUGAAUCCAUUGGAAAGAGCUGUUAAGCAAUCAAGAAAGAACUAUGAGAAAGUGGUUCUUGCGCAAGAGACUGUAAAUGGAGUUAAAGUUGAUGGAAUCGACACCAAUUUAGCUGUGAUGAAGGAACUGCUACUUCCGGCUAUGGAAAUUUGGAACUGGCUUUUGUCGUUAGCGUAUUGGGACGAUCCUUUGAAGUCUUUUGGGUUCUGUCUCUUGUCCACUUUCAUAAUUUACAGGGGAUGGAUUGGCUAUGUAUCAGCCUCUGCCUUUAUCUUUAUAUCUGGUUUCAUAGUUAUCACGAGAUGUUUCAGCAAUAGAGAGAAAGUAAUGAUUGAGCUGAAAGUUACCGCGCCUCCUCCUAUGAACACAAUGGAACAGCUUUUAGCGGUCCAAAACGCGAUUUCGCAGUUUGAACAGUUCAUUCAAGACGCAAACAUUGUUCUCCUCAAGUUCCGAGCGUUAUUACUCGCCCUUUUCCCACAGGCGAGUGAGAAGUUUGCGGUUGCGGUUGUGAUCGCUGCGUUGAUGCUGAUGGUAGUUCCUUGGAACAUAUUGAUCCUGGUGGUGUUUCUUGAGUUGUUCACGAGAUAUUCGCCGCUGCGUAGAGCAAGCACGGAGCGGCUGAUGCGGCGGCUUAGAGAGUGGUGGUUCAGCAUUCCGGCUGCUCCUGUGGUUCUCGAACAGAACAAAGAUGAUAGCAAGAAAACCAAGUAA